UCCGGUUUUGUACACAGUAAGACACCGGAGGAAAGCAUUGUUGAGAGCAAAACAUGGCGGCUUCGAGGAUAGCAGUGGCUUCCGUAUCGUUAACCCAUUUCCGGCCACUCUCAUCCGCCUCCAUGGCCUCUGUUUCUCCUUCUUUGUCCUCCAGGCUGGUUCCACAACCACCGGACCUUAUCAAGUGGGUCCGCAGAGAAGGCGGAUUCGUCCACCAGUCUCUCAAGAUUGCUCAAGAUGGCGAUACUGGCCUUGGACUUCUUGCUUCUGACCACAUCCCGAAAGGUUCCGAACUCAUUGUUCUUCCUCACAAUCUUCCACUACGGUUUGAUUCGCCGGAAGCUGGCGAUACUGAGGAGGCUGACUCCGUUCUUGUCAAUUUGGCUCGCCAAGUUCCUGAGGAACUUUGGUCCAUGAAAUUGGGUUUGAAGCUUCUGAAAGAAAGGGCAAAAGUUGGAUCCUUCUGGUGGCCGUAUAUUGGCAAUCUCCCUGAAGUUUUCAGUGUUCCCAUAUUUUUUCCUGGAGAUGACAUAAAGAACUUGCAGUAUGCUCCUCUUCUUCAUCAGGUAAACAAAAGGUGUCGCUUCCUCCUUGAUUUUGAGAAAGAAGUUAAACGUACUCUUGAUAGCGUAAAGCCCGAAGAUCACCCUUUUGGUGGCCAAACUGUAGAUGCAUCAUCUCUUGGAUGGGCAAUGGCAGCAGUCUCAUCAAGGGCAUUUCGUUUAUAUGGUAAAAAUCUUACGGUUGGUACUACUAACAGUGUCCCCAUGAUGCUCCCUCUCAUUGAUAUGUGCAACCAUAGCUUUAAUUCAAAUGCACGUAUAGUCCAGGAACAAGAUGCAGGAUCCAUGAAGUUGAAAGUGAAGGUUGUAGCAGAGACUGAAAUUGAAGGAAACGUUCCUCUAACACUAAAUUAUGGCUGUCUGGACAAUGACCUCUUCCUGCUUGAUUAUGGAUUUGUGAUAGCAUCAAAUCAAUACGAUCAUAUUGAGCUCAAAUACGAUGAAGCUCUCUUAGAGGCUGCUAGCACUGUUGCUGGGAUUUCUUCAGAAAAUUUUUCUUCCCCUUCUCCAUGGCAAAAACUUGUCUUAACCAAGUUAAGUCUACAUGGCGAAGCUGCUCUUCUUAAGGUGUGCAUCGGUGGUCCAGAAAUAAUUGAUGGCCGCUUAUUGGCUGCUUUAAGAGUGCUUCUCUCGGUUGAUGAAGAAAUAGUACAGAAACAUGACUUGGACGUGCUCAAAUCUUUGUCAGCUGAAGCACCUCUUGGUGUUGCAAACGAAAUAGCAACAUUACGUACGAUAAUCGCUUUAUGUGUGAUUGCAUUGGGACACUUCCCAACCAAGAUAAUGGAGGACGAAGCGCUUUUGAAGAAGUGCGAAAGAGAAUCAUCGAAAUUGGCAAUUCAGUUCAGAAUUCAAAAGAAAUCAGUUAUCAUAGAUGUGAUGAGCAACCUAACAAGAAGAGUGAAGCUGCUUCAAUCUAAGGCGGUCUCUCAGGGUUGAAAAUGAUGGCAAAGCGAAACAAAAGAAAAACUUCGAUGGUGAAGAAUUUAAACGAAUCGGUUGGAGUUGAAGUCA